GUCUUAUUCAGGAUCCGGUCAGACAAUCUCACAAUUGACAAGAGAUCGUCUCAAGACAAUGAUCGCCACCAAAAAGAAUCGCAAUCGUGUCGAAAGCGGUAGCGGUAUCGGUGUUCCGAUGAGCCAAUCGAUGAACUCACCUCCGUCAUGGGCCUCAUCGAAUCAGUCGUCUAUCGCUAGUUCAGGUGAGCCU